AUUAAAAAUUUUUAUUCUGUGUAAUGCCUGUGUAUUUUGUGUGUAUUUAUUCAAUAAUAGCACGGCAGCUGGAAAUAUGAUCAGUGGCAACAAAGUGAAGAAAAAACCGUUUUAUACUGAGAAUGGCUGGCGGCUGCGUUAAUUUUAUAACAUGCUUUUGCAGUUUACUUUUUGCUUUGACUGGUCUGAUAGUAUUUUUAGUUGGUGCUAUGGUGCAGUUAAAUUAUUGGCACUACUCAAAUUUUGUCAGUGAUCACACAUUGUCGGCUCCGACUAUUUUCAUGAUUGUUGGUUCUGCCAUUGCUUUCGUUUAUUGUUUGGGUUGUUGGGGAACGAUUACGGAUAACGACUGUAUAGUUUUUUGUUUUGUGAUAUUAGCAGUUAAUGUAUUCUUAUUGGAAAUCGGCAUAGGCAUAUUUGUCUAUGUUAAACACGAUAAUCUGCCCAAUACCAUGGAGACACAAUUCAAUCUAACUAUGAAUGACUAUAAUGAACGCAAGGAUUAUCAAGAUGCCUGGGCUCUACUACAAACUGAGUUAAGAUGUUGUGGUACUUUAAAUUCUAGCGACUGGGAGCCCAUAUUCAAAAACAACACAUUACCGACAUCUUGCUGUGAAAUUAUAAUACUGAACGAGGCCAAAGAAUGCACCACGGUACAUGCCAAUGAGGAAGGAUGCUUACCAAAAUUAUUGGAUAUACUGGAUUCAAAAACAUUUAUAUUGGCGAGUGCACUCGCGGCUGUACCUAUUGUGCAGAUCCUCACUAUUAUCUUAGCAUGUUGCUUUGGCAAGUCAUAAUUCAAUAUAAAUAAUAUAUUAUUGCAUUUAAACAAAAUUAU